AUGCAGCCUCAUACCAUAUUUGCUAGCAUCUAGUCACCUUCAGCUUGGUCAUGUCCUGCUAUGUAUUUCCCAGAAUGUUGUAUAUUAAUCCCCUGACCUUUAUAUGUUGUUCAGCAAAUUCAAAACAAAGUCAGAUGGCUGAUCGAGUGCUUGUGAUUGGCAGUGGAGGCAGAGAACAUGCGUUGGCUUGGAAACUGGCAACAUCUCCCCAGGUGAAACAGGUACUGGUUGCUCCAGGAAAUGCAGGAACAGCUGCUAAUGGGAAAAUCUCCAACUCAGCUGUUUUAACUAGCAAUCAUACUAUUCUUGUCCAGUUCUGCAAAGAUCAUAACAUUGGACUUGUGGUUGCUGGACCGGAAGCUCUGCUUGCAGCUGGAAUUGUUGAUGACUUGGUAGCUGCUGGAGUUAGAUGCUUUGGUCCUACAGCCAAGGCAGCGCAGCUGGGAACAAACAGGAGUUUUGGGAAUGUCUUUCUUGAUCAACAUGGAAUUCCAGCAGCAAGAUGGAAUACAUUUACCAAUCCUCAAGAAGCAUGCACUUUUAUUACCAGUGCAGAUUUUCCUGCAUUGGUAGUAAAGCCUAGUGGUCUUGGCCCUACCAAAGAAGUAGUUAUUGCAUCUAGCCGAGAAGAAGCCUGCAAAGCAGCGCAAGAGAUUCUGCAGGACAACAUUUUUGGGGACAUCCGAGAGACAGUUAUCAUUGAAGAACUUCUUAAAGGAGAAGAAUUUACUUACUUAUGUUUUGUGGAUGGAGUCACUUUUGCUCCCAUGCCACCAGUCCAGGUCCAGAAGCGCUUAUUGGAUGGAGACCAGGGUCCAAGCACUAUAGGAAUGGGAGCUUAUGGUCCUGUCCCUCAGAUUUCUCAAGUUCUUCUAGAAAAAAUUACAAGCACACUUGUUCAACACAUUCUUGACUGCAUGAAGCAAGAAGGCAUGUCAUAUGCAGGUGUGCUGCAAAUAGAAUUCAUACUUACCAAAGAUGGUGUUAAAGUCUUAAACUGUAGCUGCCAUUUUGGUGAACUUCAGUGCCAGGUAGUUCUUCAGCUUCUUCGAAACGAUCUUUAUGAAGUGAUGCAAGCCACUAUCAAUGGCACACUCUGUGAUUUCACAUUGGCUUGGUCAGAUAAUUGUACUGCUGUGUCAAUUGUCAUGGCAAGUGAUGGCUGUCCAGAACAUUAUAAUAAAGGCAAAGAAAUCACAGGGCUCCUCCAAGCAAAAGAGCGAGGCCUGGAGAUCUUCCAUGGAGCCACCAUAACACAAGAUGACAAAGUGGUGACGAAUGGAAACAGAGUCCUUACAGUAACAGCUGUCAAGAAGGACCUUAUGUCAGCACUGGAAGAAGCCUACAAUGGACUAGCAGCCAUUUACUUCCAUGGCGCAACUUACAGAAAAGAUGUUGGUUAUCAAGCAAUGAGAUUCCUUGGACACUUUAUGAGCCCAUCAUAUGAAGACAGAAUUGCAGAUUCUAUAGCUUGCCAUGUCUUGCUUCACUCAUCUAAACUACCAGCUGCAAAUGGCUUCAAAUCAGAAAUUGCAGGCAGUCGUGGGCAUCAGGGGCGCUUUCCUGCCGCCUUUGAUUUGAGAGCAUCUGGCUAUUGUGAUCCCAUUCUGGUAUCCCAGACUAAAGGCAUUGGGACUAAACUGAAGAUAGCCCAGCUGUGCAAUAAACAUAACAUGAUUGGCCAGGACUUGGUUGCCAUGUGUGUCAAUGAUAUUCUGGUUCAUGGAGCUGAGCCUCUCUUCUUCCUUGACUAUUUUGCCUGUGGGAAACUUGAUGUUGGCAUAGCUCAGGCAAUCACAGAUGGGAUAGCUGAAGCUUGUAAAUUGGCAGGAUGUGCUCUUCUGGGAAGAGAGACUAAUGAAAUGCCCAACAUGUGCUCUCCUGGAGAAUAUAACCUCAUUGGCUUUGCAGUUGGUGCUGUGGAACGAGGAAGGAAGCUUCCACAGCAGGAGAGGAUUGUUGAUGGGGAUAUCCUAAUUGGAAUCGCUUCUUCUGGUCUCCACAGCCAAGGGUUUAGCCUUGUGAGGAAGAUUCUUUUAACCUCAUCCCUACACUAUUUUUCUCCAGUUCCUGGUGCAUGUGGUGCCCAGACUUUAGGAGAGCAGUUGUUAACCCCAGCCAAAAUCUAUAGUAAAGUCCUCUUGCCUGUACUUCGUUCAGGAAAUGUAAAAGCCUACAUCCAUAUUGCUGAAGGGGGGAUUCUAGGAAGCCUUUCACAAAUCCUUCCUGAACAAUUCAGUGUAGUUUUAGAUGCUCAUAACUGGAAGAUUCCUGAAGUUUUUUCUUGGCUCCAAGAAGAGGGAAGUCUUUCAGGAGGGGAGAUGGCGCAAAUGUUCAACUGUGGGAUUGGUGCCGUGCUGGUGGUAGAGAAGGAGGUGGCUGGACGGAUUUUGACAGAUGUUCAGAAAUACGAAGAUGCAUGGUUGAUUGGGAAAGUCAUCCGGCAUCUUGCAGGGUCUCCUCUUGUUGAAAUAAAAAAUCUUCAUGAAGCAUUACUGCAAAACAAAUCCCCAUUUCUGCAGAAUGUUUCUGAAGUGGAUUGUCUUAUCCAGACCCCACGCGCAAAAAGGAAGGUCAACGUAGCUGUUCUCAUCUCUGGAGCAGGUACAAGCCUUGCAGCACUGAUCACAUAUGUAAAAGAGCCAGCAAGCUGUGCCCAGGUAGUCGUCGUAAUUACCAACAGGUCUGGGAUGGAGGAACUGAAGAAUGCAACUCGGGCUGGCAUCCCAACCAGAGUAAUUGACCAUAAAUUGUAUGGAAGCCGAUCAGAAUAUGAUGGAACAAUUGACAGAGUCCUUGAGGAAUUCUCUGUUGAACUCAUCUGUCUGGCAGGAUUUAUGAGAGUUUUGAGUAAUAACUUCCUUAAAAAAUGGAAUGGGAAAAUUUUGAGCACCUAUCCAUCACUUUCACCAUUAACCAAAGGAGGAAAUGCCCACAAGCAGGCACUCCCAUCUCCAGAGAAGGUUGCUGGUUGUACAGUGCAUUUUGUACUUGAGGAUACUAAUCUUGAAGCAGUAAUUUUACAAGAGCCUGUCUCCAUAAAGAUAGAAGACACAGAGGAGACCUUGUCAGAAAAGGUCAAAGAAGCAGAGAACCGUGUAUUUCCCAUUGCUCUGCAGCUGGUUGCCAGUGGAAUGGUGCAGCUAGGAGCGGAUGGUAAAACCUACUGGAAACGAGAAAGUUGGAAGUCGAUCCAUCGAAAGGAAAGCCAGCAUUGUUCCUCCUCUUAAUACUCUUCUGUAGCAGCUACAGCACAGGCAAGGGUAGUAGUACACACAGUAAUAACAAUAGUUAAGGUUGUACACUGAAUUCAGGUUUUGAAUUGUCAAUUUUCU